AUGGGUGAGCGGUCCAUCUUUCAAACGGAACGUCAAAAUCGCCGUCGAUUAAUUUCAACCGCUCCAGAUUACAAAGGAGGAUCAUUCAAUCAAGAAAUCACCAGAAUGUUCGCUUCCAUUGACGCUUUACUAUGCUCGAAUCGAGGAACAGCUCCAGACACUCCUCUAAACUACUGCAUCGAUGAUGGUAAACUCCGAAGAUCACCCCAAUGCAGCGAUACCACUCCUCACGUUACUCCACACUAUCAGUCACCUGUACCACUCUCUUCAGCGACUUCCUGCACUACCGUACCCCAUGCAAACAGUUCAACGCCUGUGGGAGCAUGGCAGACGUGGGGUAAAAUGCGACGUCCCCGUACCGCAUUCACCAGCGAGCAGCUUAUCGAACUGGAGCGUCAAUUUGGUGAGAACAAGUACCUAAGUCGACCCAGACGUUACCAAUUGGCACAGGAACUCUGUCUCACUGAAACGCAGGUAAACUCGAUCCCAUAA